AUGUUGCAUUUGCAUAAUAGAUACGUACAAUCUUUUAAAACUGCAAUGGAAAGUAUCUCUCUCGAUGUCCCAGAUUACAAUGUAGUAAUUCAUGCCAGCAGGGUACCUGACGGUGAACACCGUGGACGGUAUAAUGCUCCUUCUACCAGUGAAGUAGCAGUUGUCAUUGCUGGACAACAAUUUGACAAAAGGGAUAUCGUUCUUCGAAGCCGCCACGAAAAUCUCCACAAAAUUUCCGAACUACAUCGUUCAUAUGACAGUCUUCAAUAUCCAUUGAUGUUUUGUCGAGGUGAAGACGGAUACACAAUUGAUAUUCCCCAAGUUAAUCCUUCUACAGGAGACAGAGUACAGAAGAAAGUUUCAUGUAUGAAUUAUUAUUGCUAUCGUUUAAUGGAACGCCAUAAUCAUUAUAAUGUUUUACUAAGGUACGGAAUGUUACUGAAUCAAUAUGUUGUAGAUCAGUAUGCUAAACUAGAAUCAGAACGUUUAGCUUUUAUACGAAAUAACCAAACACAAUUACGCACAGAAAAUUAUAUACACUUACAGGAUGCUUUACAUUCUAAUGAACACACGACAAACAAUAUUGGGCAGCUGGUAAUAUUACCGUCAUCUUUUACUGGCGGACCAAGAUACUUACACGAAAAAACUCAAGAUGCCAUGAACUAUGUCAGGAAUUACGGUAAACCUGACCUCUUCAUUACUAUGACCUGUAAUCCUAAUUGGAAAGAAAUAAAAGAUAAUCUGCAUUCCACCGCAACACCUCAAGACCGAUAUGACAUUUUAAAUCGUAAACGUAUUUGGUCCGACACGCUGUCACAUGUAUACGGUGGAGUGGCAAAAACGUGGCCACAUAUACAUUUGCUUUUGUGGCUGACAAAUAAAAUCAGGCCCGACCAAAUUGACACAGUUAUAACGGCAGAAUUACCAGACCAAGACGAAGACCCAACAUUGUAUGACAUCGUGGUAAGGAACAUGAUUCACGGACCCUGUGGAGCUUUAAACCCUAACUCGCCAUGCAUGCAUGAGGGAAAAUGUUCAAAAAAAUUCCCAAAACCAUAUCAGAGUCAAACUUCAACUGGUGAUGAUGGCUAUCCAAAGUAUAGAAGAUUAUCACCAGAGGAAGGAGGACGCAAGGCUGCUAUUCGUAAUUACGAAAUUGAUAACAGAUGGGUAGUGCCUUACAAUAAACUAUUAUUAAAAAUUUUCGAGGCGCAUGUUAAUGUAGAACUUUGCAGUUCCGUGAAAUCAAUAAAAUAUGUCACUAAAUACAUCAAUAAAGGAAGUGACCAGGCUACGUUUAGUUUACAUUCUACAAAUGAAGUAGAACAAUUUCAAUCUGGCCGCUACAUUUGUAGUUCUGAAGCACUAUGGCGGAUUAUGUCCUUCAAUAUUCAUGAAAGAGCACCAACUGUCACACACCUCGCUGUUCAUUUAGAAAACGGACAGCGGGUGUAUUUCACUGAAAAUAAUGUAAAUGACAUUGUGAAUAAUCCAAGAGAUACUACUUUAACAGCGUUUUUCAAACUAUGUGCAGAGGACGACUUCGCAAAAACUCUGACCUACGACAAGGUGCCUGCCUAUUAUACCUGGAAUCAAAAUACGAAAAAAUUCCAACGACGAAAGCAGGGGGCGGUAGUUCUCGGGUACCCUGGCGUGAGAAAAACAGAUGCUCUUGGAAGGGUGUACGUGGUACACCCUAAUAAUGCAGAAUGUUUUCAUUUGCGGUUGUUACUCCACGUUAUAAAAGGCCCUACUUCGUUUAGAAGUCUCCGCACUUUUGAAGGUGUAACUUACGACACAUUCCAAGGGGCUUGCAAAGCUAUGGGCCUCCUCGAAGAUGACAGUCACUGGGAGAGUACGCUCUCUGAAGCAGCCAUAUGCUGUUCACCAAAAUCACUUAGGUGCCUUUUUGCCAUUAUGAUAUCGUUCUGCCAAAUCAUGGACCCGCAUCUUCUUUGGCAAAACUAUCAGGAAAGUAUGUCCGAAGAUAUACUGCAACGCAGACGACAAGAACUAUCAUCAGAUGAUUUAGAGUACGACCAAAAUAUUUUUGAUGAAGCUUUAAAUGAAUUAAAUAAAGAGGUCGUAUCUCUAUCAGGUAAAAGUAUAAAAGAUUUUGGUUUUAACUUGCCGUUAAAUUCAAAUCUUUAUGCAAUGAACAACAUCGAGGAUUUACGAGAGACUGACUAUGAUUACACCCAACUCUUACAGACAAUUCAAGAUGAACAUCGCUUAAAUCCAGAACAAAAAAUUGUUUACGACCAAAUAUUGUCAUCAGUUAAUAGUAAUGAAGGGAAAAUGUUCUUUCUAGAUGCACCCGGGGGCACGGGUAAAACAUUUAUAAUUAAUUUAUUAUUAGCAAAAGUAAGGUCUGACAGAAAAAUUGCUCUUGCCGUGGCGUCGUCCGGUAUUGCAGCCACACUUUUGAAAGGCGGGCGAACUGCACAUUCCACUUUCAAACUACCUUUAAAAAUUUGCAGUGACGACGUCUCUAGCGUUUGUAACAUCUCAAAACAGAGUAAAACAGGUAAUGGUGCAUUUCAAUCCGGAAAUGUUAAAAUCAAUCUUAGUAACCUAUGUGCUUUGGUUCAAAAUGUGGAAGAAUUGGUUGAGACCGUAUAUCCCGAUAUUACUAAUAUAACUACAAAGACUUUAUGUUGGUUUAAGGAAAGGGCUAUAUUGGCACCUACUAAUGAACAGGUUGAUAAAAUUAAUCAUUUAAUUAUUUCCAAGUUUGAAGCACCAUCACAGAUAUACUAUUCAGUUGAUACAGUUUUGGAUACCGCAGAGGCAGUACAUUAUCCAACUGAAUUUUUGAAUUCUUUAGUUCCUCCCGGAAUUCCUCCACACAAGUUAAUAUUAAAAGUGGGUUCACCAGUGAUAUUACUUAGAAAUUUAAAUCCCCCAAAAUUGUGUAAUGGCACGAGACUCAAAAUAGUUAAAUUAAAAAACUUUCUAAUCAAAUGCACUAUUUUAACUGGCUGUGGUACUGGUGAUACUGUUUUAAUUCCCAGAAUACCGAUGAUUCCCUCCGAAUUACCCUUCCAAUUCAAAAGACUGCAAUUUCCAAUCAAAUUAGCCUUUGGUAUUACUAUUAAUAAGGCACAAGGCCAAACUUUAAAAGUUGCAGGAAUAGAUUUAACUGAUCAAUGUUUUUCUCACGGCCAGUUAUAUGUUGCCCUUUCAAGGGUGACAUGUAAAAAUAAUCUGUUUGUGUUUACUAACAAUCCGUCAGAAGUAAUGAACGUUGUGUAUAAGGAAAUAUUUCAAUAG